AUGAAAUCUGUUCCAUACGUAUGUUAUGGCAACUGUUUGUACAUUGAGUCAAAAAUAGCUAAUGUCACAGGCAUUUCAGGAGUUAAUAGUAAAGGUUCAGUAGAAUAUAAAUCCUUCUGUUAUGCAGUCAAUUCAAUGUUCAUUCCAAACGUUCCUGUCAUAGCAACUCAUUUAGGUAAAUGGGUUCGCAUUAGUCCUCAUAAUUUGAAAGACAUGCAAUUCAGACUUGUUGACUUUCAAGGAGAGCCUGUAGAACUGAAGGCACCAGUGCGAAUGACUGUUGAAGUUGACUUUUUAGAAAAUAUUAAAUGCAACAGCUUACAAGAGAACUCAGAGCUAAAAAUAUAA